AUGACAGCAAUUAAUUCAAGUCAAGCACAGGUGGAAGCCUCCGCUCUCCUGCCUGAUACCAACAACCCUCAGCCGACUAAGGACCUCAUGGGAGAUCGUGCCGAGAAGAGCAGAUAUUUUGUACCCUACCUACUAGAGAAGAGUCCAGAGUUCCGAGAAUUCAGUGGUUUGAGACAGCAGGGAUGGGAAACCCCGGAAGGCGAUGAAUACUUCGCAAGCCUUCGUCGAAAUGCCGAUAGAUCGGACGAAAAGACGGCUGCUUACUUUCAUAAGAUUAUGGACACAAUCGGACGCGAAAUUGAUAACGCCACCAAUGCCUUCAAAGUCCAACGGGUUGAUUCAACGCCACCUGCCAUUCUCGACAUGUGCAUGGCCCCCGGCGCAUUCCUCGAGAUAGCAUUGAAAAGGAACCCUGGCACACACGCUCUGGCUUUCAGCUUGCCUGUCUCAUGUGGAAGGUAUAGGAGCCGUCUGGCAAGUUGUUUGAAUGCCAAGCGAGUAUUUCUCGACGUGACUAUGCUUGCAGCCGACAUGGAUAUGGACCAGAUCCCCGAGGGCCAUGAAGAUGUCGAGAAUUUUUUGCCCCGACAGCUUGAGGAAGGUCGGCUUUUUGACUUGGUCAUAUGUGACGGCCAGGUCCUGAGACGACACUCACGCGCCCCCUAUCGAGAGAGCCGGGAAACGAGAAGACUGGCCACCGCGCAGCUCGCUCUGGGUCUCCAGCACCUUAGACCAGGUGGCACUAUGAUCGUUCUUCUUCACAGACUUGAAGCGUGGAACACUGUCAGACUUAUUUGGAUGUUUCAUAAGAUCUGGUCGGUUCGGCUUUUCAAGCCAGAGAAAUGCCACGCCAAGCGAUCGUCUUUUUACAUGGUUGCUAUCAACGUUGAAAGCCAAAACACAGUGGCUGUCGAAGCGAUCAAACAGUGGAAGAGAAUCUGGCGGCUUGCCACGUUUGCCUCCGAUGAAGAGUACGGCAAGGUGAUCUUUGAUGAAGACUCAUCGGUAGCAACAUUGGUCGAGAACUUCGGACCGGAACUCGUGAAGUUGGGCAAGGCAAUAUGGAAGAUACAGGCAAAUUCCCUGGCUAACGCGCCAUCCAUGAAGAAGCCAGAGUGA